GCUUCAUUCCAAUUCAGUGUCGGUUAGGUUGACCAGCGUGCUACCCAUGAGGGUCCAAUGUUGACUUGAAUCCUAAGAAAUUUAGGAUUGUUUUUCCAGAGUAGCUCGUAUUAAGACGUUUUCCACAAUGUCGUCGUUUUUUAUCAAGGGGUCAAAAAAAUACCAAGUAGCAAAAACGGGGGUAAAGACAUCGAAGCGGAAAGGUGACGCCGACCCGGCUGCGAAGGGCAAAGCCAAGAAACAGAAAGCAAAGUAUAACGAAGAGAUUUCCAGCGACUCUGACACAGAGAGUCCGAUAGUUCCCAAGAGAGGUCAGGCCAAAGAGGACUAUGACUAUGACGAGACACCGCAGGAGAAGAAACUGAGAUUAGCCAAACUUUACCUCAACCAGUUAAAGGAUCAAGAGGAAGAAAAGAUAGAAAAUGACUCUUUUGAGACUGAUUUGAUUGCGGGAAGACUUCAAGAAGAAUUGCUUGAGCAGAAAGGAAAGCUACAGCGGUUCAUUGCCAAAGAUCUAUUACCACCCGACGCUUCAGAUAUCCGUCUGUUACGAGGACACAAGCUCCCAAUAACCUGCCUGGUUAUCAGUCCUGACGAUAAGUUCAUCUUCUCUUCCGCAAAAGACUGCUCCGUAAUUAAAUGGAAUGUCGAGAGUGGGAAAAAGCUACAUGUCAUACCUGGUGGGAGGAAAGGGACAGAGGAUCGCCAUGUUGGACAUACGGCUCAAGUCUUGUGCAUGUCCAUAUCAUCCGAUGCCAAAUACUUGGCCACCGGUGACAUGAAUAAACUGAUUAUGAUUUGGGAAGCUGAAACGUGCAAGCAUCUCUACAAAUUCACAGGACACAAAGGCCCCGUGUCGGGUCUCUCGUUCAGGAAGGGAACUCACGAUCUGUACAGUGCCUCACAUGAUCGCUCCAUCAAAGUGUGGAAUGUGGAUGAAAACGCAUAUGUGGAAACUCUCUUCGGCCAUCAGGACGCCAUCACGGGACUGGACUGCUUAAGCCGAGAACGUUGCGUGACCGCCGGCGGCCGAGACCACAGCGUGCGGGUGUGGAAGAUCGCAGAGGAGUCGCAGCUGGUCUUCCACGGCCACGAGGGUUCAAUCGAUUGCAUCCAGCUCAUCAACGAGGAGCACAUGAUCACAGGAGCUGACGACGGCUCUGUGUGUCUUUGGAGCGUCAAUAAGAAGAAGCCCCUCAGCACGGUGAAGCAGGCUCACGGUUGCCAUGGAGACCCCGGGCUGGAGCAGCCUCACUGGGUCGCCGCGGUAGCCGCGCUUCAGAAUAGCGACGUCGUAGCCUCAGGUGCCUCUGGCUGUUCCAGCAACUCGCAGGUGCAAGUGUGGAAAUGCAGUCCGAAUUAUCGAGGGCUUGAGCCUCUCUUCAAUAUUCCACUGAUCGGUUUUGUCAACAGCUUGAAGUUUUCACACUCUGGUCACUUCUUGGUGGCAGGUGUCGGGCAGGAACACAGGUUGGGUCGAUGGUGGAGACAAAAAGAGGCCCGCAACGGAAUCUGUAUCAUUCCCCUUAAAAGGAAACCUACCAAUCAAGAUGAAGCCCUUACAACAGAAUAGUGGACUUAUUUUUGUUUUGUGAAUUAAAAUUGUUUCAAAGUUUA